AUGGGCAGCGCAAAUAUCGAGAACAAGGCAGCCUCCGGGGUUCCUUACUUCACCCCGGCCCAAGAGCCCCCGGCCGGAACCCCGCUCAAGACCGAUUCGGCCCCAACGCUCUUCAAGCCUCUCCGCACUCGUGGCGUUGAGCUGCAGAACCGCUUUGUCGUUUCUCCUAUGUGUACUUACUCCGCCAAGGAUGGUCACCUAACAGAUUUUCAUCUUGUUCACCUUGGCCAGUUCGCUCUUCAAGGUGCUGGUCUCGUCUUUGUUGAGGCCACUGCUGUUGAACCCCGUGGUCGGAUCAGUCCUGAGGACUCUGGUCUCUGGGAGGAUAGCCAAAUUGUCCCUCUGAAGCGUAUCACGGACUUCAUCCACAGCCAAAACACCAAGGCUGCCAUUCAACUCGCUCAUGCUGGCAGAAAAGCGAGCACAGUUGCGCCUUGGAUCGGCGGUACUGUAAACAAAGCACUUGCUACCAAAGAAGUCGGCGGCUGGCCAGAUGAUAUUGUCGCCCCCAGUGCUAUCCCGUUCGCUGAAGACUUUGGUACACCUCACGAGUUGAGGACCGAGGAGAUCAAGGAUCUUGUGCAGAAAUGGCAGGACUCGGCUGUACGAGCCGCCAAGGCUGGUUUCGAUGUCAUUGAAAUCCACGCAGCUCACGGUUACCUCUUACACCAGUUCCUCUCGCCUCUCUCCAAUAAACGAACAGACCAGUACGGAGGUAGCUUUGAGAACCGUACUCGUCUCCUCUUUGAGAUCAUUGAAGCUGUUCGAGCUGUUGUUCCUGAGGAAUUGCCCGUCUGGGUGCGGAUUUCGGCUACCGAGUGGAUGGAAUGGAAUGACGAGCCUUCCUGGGAUCUCGAGAGCAGUAUUCAGCUCGCAAAACAACUUCCUGCCGCAGGGGUUGAUGUUCUCGAUAUCAGUAGCGGAGGCAACUUGAAGGCGCAAAAGAUCAAGGUCCAUCAAACCGUCCAGACCGACCUGGCAGGCAAGAUCCGCGAUGCCGUUCGUGCUGAUGGAAAAGAGCUCCUGAUUGGAACUGUUGGUUACAUUACAGAUGGUCCUUUUGCUCGCUCGCUUGUCCAGGAGAAUGAGGAUCCUAAGGCUGAUCUUGUGCUUGCUGCAAGACAGUUCCUCAGGGAACCCGACUUUGUUCUCAGCGCUGCUCAUCAGCUGGAUGUUGAUGUCAAGUGGCCAAUCCAGUAUCACCGAGCACCACCUAAACCUCGGGGACCUCAUAGCAACGGGAUCAUGUUUCGCCUCAUUCCUGUGACACGUCUUUGUUUCUCACGGGAAUCACAUAUUGCCACUUUCCAAUGUUUGACUCAACUACAUAUAGGCUGGCUAGCUGGACUUAGCAUUGGUUGUUUAAUUUCGCGGAGGGUUUGGGUGGAUUCAGAAGUCCAGUGCCACCAAACAAAAGGGACACUUGUUCAAUUGAAAGUUGGACCCCCCGGGCAAUCCCUCACCCCUCCGCCUUUGACCCGCGCAAGACUUAGCGGGAGUUGUCUCCGAGUGGGGUUGACUGCUGAUACCCCAACAAAAAGACAGCCCAUCAUGCACCACAAGAAGAUCGCUUGCAGCUUCAUGGCUGCUCUGGCUGCCUAUGCCUCUGCUGCCGACUCAGACGUUCACCAGCUGACCAAGGACAACUUCGAGGAGUUCGUCAAGGCCAACGAUCUCGUCCUCGCUGAGUUCUUUGCUCCCUGGUGUGGCCACUGCAAGGCCCUCGCCCCCGAGUAUGAGGAGGCCGCUACGACCCUCAAGGAGAAGAACAUCAAGCUCGCCAAGAUUGACUGCACUGAGGAGUCCGACCUCUGUAGAGACCAGGGCGUCGAGGGUUACCCCACCCUCAAGGUCUUCCGUGGCCUCGAUAAUGUCACUCCCUACUCUGGCCAGCGCAAGGCUGCUGGUAUCACUUCCUACAUGAUCAAGCAGUCCCUCCCCGCUGUCUCCAUUCUCACAAAGGACACCCUCGAGGAGUUCAAGACCGCCGACAAGGUUGUUGUCGUCGCCUACCUCAACGCCGACGAUAAGAGCUCCAACGAGACCUUCUCCAAGCUUGCUGAGGGUCUCCGCGAUACCUACCUCUUCGGUGGCGUCAACGACGCUGCUGUUGCCGAGGCUGAGGGCGUCAAGGCCCCCGCCCUGGUUGUCUACAAGGCUUUCGAUGAGGGCAAGAACACCUUCACCGAGAAGUUCGAGAAGGAUGCCAUUGCCUCCUUCAUUACCACCUCUGCCACCCCUCUCAUUGGAGAGGUUGGCCCUGAGACCUACGCCGGCUACAUGUCCGCUGGCAUUCCCCUCGCAUACAUCUUCUCUGAGACUCCUGAGGAGCGCAAGGAGCUUGGCGAUGCCCUCAAGCCCAUCGCUGAGAAGUUCAAGGGCAAGAUCAACUUUGCCACAAUUGACGCCAAGUCCUUCGGCGCUCACGCCGGUAACUUGAACCUCAAGACUGACAAGUUCCCCUCUUUCGCCAUCCAGGAGGUUGUCAAGAACCAGAAGUUCCCCUUCGACCAGGAGAAGGAGAUCACACAUGACAACAUUGCCAAGUUCGUUGAGGACUUCGCCGCUGGCAAGAUUGAGCCUAGCAUCAAGUCUGAGCCCAUCCCCGAGACCCAGGAGGGUCCCGUCACUGUUGUAGUCGCCAAGAGCUACAAUGACAUUGUCCUCGAUGACACCAAGGAUGUCCUGAUUGAGUUCUACGCUCCCUGGUGCGGUCACUGCAAGGCUCUUGCCCCCAAGUACGAUGACCUUGCUUCUCAGUUCGCCGCUUCCGAGUUCAAGGACAAGGUCGUCAUCGCCAAGGUCGACGCUACCCUGAACGAUGUCCCCGACGAGAUUCAGGGAUUCCCCACCAUCAAGCUCUUCCCCGCUGGUGCUAAGGACGCUCCCAUCACCUACCAGGGCUCUCGCACCGUCGAGGACCUCGCCAACUUCAUCAAGGAGAACGGCAAGUACAAGGCCGAGCUCCCCGUCAAGGAGGAGGGCACUGAGGAGGCUGCCCCCGCCGCCAGUGAGGAGAAGAAGGAGGAGAAGAAGGAGGCCGAGGAGGAGGAGGAUGUCCAUGAUGAGCUGUAA